AGCAAUGGCCGCACAAGAAAACUCUCCGACGGCUGUUGAAAGUGCAAGUCCAAAUACUGGAAGCACCCCUGCAGUAACGCCACCUCCUCAGCCGUUGAACCCAGCUGCUAAAAAGCUUCAAAAACUACUGGAGAGCAGAUUUGAAACGGACAAAGAAGCAAUCGCUGCCAUGCAAUACCUGUCUGAAGUGAUGCCAGACAAUACAAUUGCAGCCAGAAGAAAUUUGAGAAGUGACCUUGAAAGAAGAAAUCUGGCAACAAGUCGUGAUUUCCUUAAUAAGUUCAAGGUCAUCAGGGAUGAGUUGCAUGCGUUGUCGGAUGUUGUAGACGAAAUUUCGACAAGUUGUACUACAAUGCAGGUAGAGCUGAAGGUCACUAAGGACAGUACUUCUGCUUUGAUGCACCGAACUAACGAACUGAACAAAGAAGCAAAGCUAUUAACUAUGCAGCAGAAAUUGACCGAAGCCUUCUGCAAGAAGUUCUACCUGCUUCCAGAGGAAGAAAGUGUCAUCAAAAGCAAAGAGUUCCUUACUCUACAGGAGGUUCCGCAAUUGCUAGCUAUUUUGAAGAAGAUAAAGAUGAUCCACGAAGAUGCGAAGGUGUUGCUGAGGACUAAAAACCAGACUACUGGAUUGGAGAUUGUGGAGAGAAUGGGAUAUUUUGAGGAGCAGAGUUUCGAGAAGCUGUACAGAUGGGCACAGCGUGAAUGCAGAAACAUGGUAUCAGAGAGUCCCGAAAUCCACCCGCUCCUAGUUGAAGCACUAGCUGCACUGAGCGAGCGCAAGACCCUAUUAAACUACACUAUGGACGAAUUGUGUAUGGUGCGUAAGGGUGUGGUCUCUAGAGGUUUCAUUGAUGCCCUGACGAGAGGAAGCAGUGCAAGUGGUCCGACUAAUACGUCUGUGAAGCCGAUCGAGAUGCAUGCACAUGAUCCAGUGAGGUAUAUCGGAGACAUGCUUGCCUGGAUUCACCAAGCUUUGGCGUGCGAACGGGAGUUGAUUGAGAUGAUGCUGCAGAAAACAGACAGCACCAAAGAGGAGAUUGGAUACUUCGUCGCCUUCUCCAGCGAGGGUCUCUGUCGUCCUCUCAAGGUCAGACUGGAUCACGUAAUUGCAAAUGAUCCUGACGUCAUCACAAUGUUCAAAAUCAGAGCUCUUCUCAAGUUCUACUUUUCGACCUUCGCUGAAAGCGUCUCCAGAACAUCACCAUUAUGUACUGCGAUGCUGGAAAAUGGAAGUCUGUUCGAUAAAUUAUUCUUUUCGACACUGAGAACGAGUUUGAAUUCACUAUGUGAGCAGAAAGAAACAUUGACCGCAGAUUUGACCCCGUCGAAUGCGUUCGAAAAGAUUUUGGUGUUGCUUCAGCAAAUUUUGCAUUCGUACAGCACGGCGUUUUUCGAUCCCAAGGUGAAACAGCAGGAUUUCAAGGCGCUAAUCGACAUCAUUGUGUCAUCGUUACUGCAAUGUCUUCAGCAAUCGGCAGCCAAUACCACCACCCACGCAGACAUGUCAGUGUACAUGAUGAACAGUCUACACAAAGCGAAAAGUGUUUUAAGCAUAUACGAAUUCACAGAUGAAAAAAUCGAAAUGCUCACGGGGCAAAUUGACGCACACUUAGAUACGAUUAUAAACGAACAAGUCAUUGCAUUUCUGAACUCAACAGAUUUGAUGUUCGCGUAUAAUAAACAAACGAAUGUCGACAAAAACUUCUCAGAAGCGGAUAUCGAGAGAAUGAAAAAAGCAGCUCAUAAUUUAGACCGACUUUUGUCCAAUCCUGAUUAUUUCAUGUUGCCGCAAAGUAGACUUAUUUCAAGCGCGACUCUGAGAGAGGCGGCGAUCACGAGAUGUCAGAGUUACUUUGCCCAGUUGUACUCGGAUUUGUUUAAAUAUUUGCAAGAAGUAAGUAAAAUGGACCUAUCGGACGUAAUGCGACACCCAGACCAAGUCAAGUCGCUGCUUGUUUGAUGGAAAAUAAAUUAAAUAAUUUUGCUGAAAUUAUGAAAAUCGAGUCGGCAACACGGUUGUAUAAAUCACACUGAAGUAUAGGUUCCAAAAAGAAAAAACAAUUGUUAAAGAUUUGUUUCUUAAAAAUUGUGUUUCAAAACUCUGCGGUUAAAUGGCAAUAUCUGUAAAUUUGAUGUAUAUAAAUC